GUGCAUUCCUCUGUGGCCGUUUGACUACAUUCAUGACUACAUCGCAACGGCACACGUCAGUCUACUGGACGCCGACUAUGACCGGUACGGGGAGGCGUUCCACCACUACGAGCGGCAUAUCUUCUAUCCGGACAUCAAGAGAGAGCACUACGUGGGCGGCAGCCAGUGGUUUGUGCUGCAGAGACGGCAUGCGCGCAUCGUGCUUCAAGACACUACACACUAUAGGAGACACAAGGCCAGCUGUGCGUUUCGCAUGAGGACAGGUAGCAGGUUCUGCUGUGCAGACGAGCACUACGUGCAGAUUCUCCUACACAUACUCCUGCACACGUGGGAUCGGGCGGGCAUCUCUGGCUUCUCCUCCACAUUUGCUGACUGGAGCGAGGCGGACUGGCACCCGAAGCUGUUCACGGCAGACAACAUCACCGCACACACCAUUCGAACCAUCAAGGCUGCGAAGCACUUUGUCCCCUACAAGAGCUUCUGGAAGGACUUCAAGUCAAACUUCUCUCAUAUUGUCGACCCCUCCCUUCCACAGCCACCCCUGAUUACAAGCAAUGGCUUCUGCGUUGUGGGGGGUCAAUUACGCAACUGCUUCCUUUUUGCACGGAAGUUUGAUGUCUCAAACUUAGAUUUCCUCAUGCACAACUCAAGGACACUGUUUGGUUUCUAAUUCGUUUCAAUGUAAAGGGA